CUCGGUCCUGUUCCUCUCUCCCGUCCUAUUCGGAGGAGAGUUUUUCCCAACUCCGUGUGCGGCGGCGGCACACAGUCAACAACACCGCAGCAGCAGUCGCUCGGUGUGCGAGGCGAUGGCCGGACCUGUGCGCGCAUGCAUUGAGUCAGUUGUAGCGGUGCGGCGGAGGAGCGGCGUCGUCGUCACAAGCACGCGGGUGCCGCGCGUCCUCUGAACCCGGCUUGCCGUUCCGACUUUCGGUCGCGGAAGUCGCUUGCGCGCCUUAUCGGUCGCUGUGUUCUUUUGUUUUAUUAUUAUUAUUAUUAUUAUUGGUGCGUCUUCUCGUUUCUUACGAGUGCCGGUGUGAGUGCGCCGAGUUUUUCUUACGUUGUGUCCGUGACCGAUGGAGUGAAACGGAAGCCUCGGCCUCUUCGUCGUCGCCUACCGUCAUGCCAAAGGACAGGACAGAGGAGAAGCGAGCCAUGGCGAAGAUGUGUGAUUGGAUGUACGUCACCGACCCCAGGUUCAUGGGUCGAAACGGGCCCACCACCGUCCGCCUGGAUAUCAUGCAGCAAGACAAGCAGAGGACAUCGUGCCAACAGAUACCCCUCCUAAAAGUCAGGGUUGACAAGGCUGGUUUCACGUCGGAGGCCGACCUCAAGCCCCCUCUGCCGGGUGGCCACCCUCACCACGAGCCCGGCAGCCCGCGGUCCGCGGUCGCCUGCUCUUCGUCCUCGGCCAAGCUCAAGAAGAGGCCCCUGUGCCGCUUCUGGAAGCUUCGCUUUCCCGCCUCUUCCUCCUCGCGAAGCCGCCUCGUCGCCCUGCUCGUCGGCAUCGCCACUCUAGUCCUAGUCGCCGUCGUCGCAUCGCUCGUCUACACACUGUACACAAGGUCCAAGGUGGACGUUAGGAAAGAAGAAAUCCGUCAAGACCCCGAAGCCGGAAGCUGGGCCGUGGAGGUGACGUUCCGAGUGACCAAUCGCAACUACUCCCCGGAUUUGGUCGACCACUCCAGCAGGGUCUUCAAGUCACUCGCCUCGGAAGUGGCGCGCGCGCUAGACGAGCUAUUCUACUUAGGACCCUUAUCACAAGACUACAACAUGACGCAAGUUAUAGAAUUCAGCGCGAGUGACAGUAGCAGCAUCGGCGUCAGCUGCCGCAUCGUGCUCAACCAGCCACUGUCGAACGCGGCGCACCACGUCGGUCUGGCGUUCAUCCAGGUGCUCGAACAAGGACACGGAAUCCUUCCCGCAGGGAACCUCCGCGUCGACAUCCGAUCCUUGCACUUCACGAACGUCAAGCCUGGCGCUGUUCCUCCUCCAGUCAUGGUGACACAUGGGCCAUCCUACUUCGACGCUGCCUGGUCCCCGUGGUCUCCGUGGAGCGACUGCACGGGCCACGACGGCCAGUGCAACCCGAAUCGGCUGCGGUCGCGACGCCGCGAGUGCCGCUCGCACUACGGACGCGGCAGCCUGUUGCCCGACAACCUGGCCUGCCUCGAACAGGGCGGCAAGGAGGUCGAGUUCAAAAGCUGCCUCUGCCCGACCAGGGCGCCGCCACCCACGACCACGACGGACGCCGCGACCUCGGAGGACGGGGACGACGACGGCGACGAGGGCGACUCGGAGACCGAGAGCGCGACCGCGGCGCCACCGUCCACGACGCGCGAGAAGGCGACGGCGGACACGGCUUCGCAGCCAUCGAUGCCCGAUGACUGGAGGCCGUGCCACCAGUGCCAGCCGGGCGAGAUAUGCUUCAUGAACGGCGAGGAGACCAAGCCGCACUGCGUGAUGCCUAAGGACCCCAACGAUCCCCGGGGAUGCGGCGGAUGGUGCUCGGGACCCAACGAGCUGUGCCAACGGCUUGAGAACAACACCGUGCAUUGCGUCGACGAGUCUGAGUGCCUCCACGACGAGUGGCGCUGCAAGAACGGUCUCUGCAUCCCCGAACAACGCCGCUGCGACGGGCACUUCAACUGCUACGACAUGACGGACGAGUACAACUGCGAAUGUGGAAGUGACGGAUUUCACUGUAGUAACAACACCUCGUGCCUGCCACUCGAUCGCCGCUGUAAUGGAUUUGUUGACUGCUGGGAUGGAAGCGACGAGGCCAAUUGCACAGCUCUUUGUCCCGCCUCUCAGCACACCUGUAACAGUGGCCAAUGUAUCCCGAUGGAUAACUUCUGUGACAGCUACCGUGACUGCGACGACGGGUCGGACGAGCCGCCCGGCUGCGACUCCCCAUGCCUGGCGCACCAGCGUCAGUGUCAGAAUGGCCGCUGCGUGCCGGGCACUGUGUGGUGCGACGGUUUCGACUCGUGUGGUGACGGUAGUGAUGAGGCCAACUGCGGAAGCGCGGCACCCUCUCGAGACCGCAGCUCCGUGGUGCCGGCACUUCCGCCCGGCCAUUUGCUCGGCAGGCUACUAUCCAACAAGCACAGGAAGGCCGUGCACCCGCAGACGCCAGUGGCCAGAAGUCGAAGGUGAUAGGCACGCGGUUACGUCAACAAUGGACAGUGCACCGCAAACUCUGGUGUGCAUGUGGACACUUUGUGAACUAAUCAGCGGGAACAAAUGCUAGAAGAGUCCUUCUUGAGCAUCCCGUGUACUCCUGCGGGCCAAUUGCAAGGUGUUCGUGCAACGUUCAGGCAGAAAGGCAGGACGCUUUAAACUUGGAUUUUGCUUCGAGCAUCAUUUGUGAACUUGUAAAUCACACUACCAAGCCGGAAGACGCAGCAUAUAGAACAUGAACACAUGCACAUUCGCCUGUUGGCAUCUGUCACGGGAACAAAGAAGGCGGCUUCGCAGUAGCGUGCUGCACAUACUGGCUCUCCGCAUGGCUGGUCACGGGGUCCUUGUACAGUGCUUUGGCGGACCGAAACAAACAAGGAGUCAGUUUAGCUUUUACGACCUUCGCUUGUGCACUUCUGCGUGUAAAAUAUGUAUACGAGUCAAGCAAAAGCCGCGUGGUGAUCAGUACUUACCAUUGCCCGACAGCACGAAACAGACGUGAUGUUCGCAGUUUGACGGCGUGCAACAUUCGUCUGCAGUUUCCUAGAACCCGGAGGCACAAGUUCAUUAUUGUUGCUUUAACGGAGACCUGCCUUGGCCUCCCCUCGAACAUCGCAGCUGUUGGGCACUCUGCUUUGCUGUUAGGUAUGAAGUUGAUGUUCCUUUUACCAUUGUACAGAGCACAUUACCUGAUUUCAAUAUACCCGACACUUGUCCUGGAAGUGAUACGCCUUUGUGACCAGCCAGUUGAAUAUUCUGCAUUCCAGUCAUCUGUCAAGCUUCUACUCGCCGUACGAGGAGGAGAGGAGGCAUGUAUGUCACAUUAGGAACUGUUGUUUCACCUUGUGAAAAAGUCCUCGCCUCCAAGUGCUGCCGGAAUAUAAAGUUAACUACUACAGGAAGUCUUGUGUGAGUGAUGUCAAGCAGCCAAGUCGUCUGCAAGCAGAAUGUGACUGUUGUAGAUUGUGUUUCGAGAUGCGGACAAUGCUCGCAACAUGUGGCUGUUUUCGCUUGACUGCAUCCUGAAUCUGUUCAGCUGUGAGCGGGUGCGCUGUUUGGACACAUCGUGUGCUAGUGUGUGUUAAGAACUGUGUACAGGUUUUGGACUAAUUAUUUAAGAAGACAAGAGACACUUCUAUGGCAUUAUGUACUACCAAGGCUCCUAAGGAGCUGCCUUCAGCAACAGCUUAUAGAAAGUGGUUUUUGUUUACCAUGUUUAAGGAGCCUGCCACCUUAAUGUAUGUUUGUUCAUAAGAAUGUCCAAUGUUCACGAUUCCUCUUAUGACAUGACCAGGCUGGUGUGUUCCAAAACUAGAUGCCAUUGUGGAGCUUGAUCACUUACGUUUCAUUACGGAAACAUUCCACAUUUAAUUUUGCUUUAGCCCUUUAUCAAGCUCAAGAGGUUUGAGCUGACAUGCGAUUAGGUUUACUGCUUCAGUAGAACAGCUUUUUUUUUUGUUACUUAUGCUGUAACCCUUAACUUUUCUACUGUUCAGUGUGGUCACAUUAUACACGCGCAGCCUACCUUAACGUCACAGCACAGUAAAACUCGAGCACUGCUCUGCCAGCUGCUACUAGUAUGCUAGUCAAGUUCUUCAGCGGGCAGAGUUUGAUCCACAAACAUAUUUAGGACACCUUGUCACACGCUUCUGUUUGCAAAGUCUGUAGUAGCUGAAUUUGGUGCUAAUGGAUCCAGAUUGUUAAAUGUUGAGAGCUGAAAGCCAAGCAAUGUUUGAGAUACCUUUGAAGCCGAGGUGGUGAUACCAAAUUAUGCUGGUUGUUUUGCCUCGACACAAAAUUAUAUUUAACAGCAGCAAUAAUCGAUCCGAUCCAAGUGAUAAAGCACGAAUGUGCAGGCAGGCAUCAUACCCCUGUUGCAUAAGCAAUUUUGAGCGUGCGGAUUGAUCUUUCAAACAGAUGCACACCACUGGAAUUCGAUAUAGUCUUUGACAUUUUGUGCUCUAAAUCUUCAGUGCAGAUUGGCUCCGAGUAUCAGAAGUGCCCAAAAGACAGCGGUGUUGAAUAAUUAUCUGCAGACACAUGUCUGAGCAUUCUAUAUCUGCACAAUGCUUUGUCAUGCUGAACGUGUGUAUGUGUAAUAUAGUAGUUGACGCGUUACACUGAAGCGCUUGCACGUAGUUAAAGCCAGAUUACGACAUUCUAAAAGCACAGCAGCUGGAAAGACGAUGCGUCCGUCCCUUGGUGCCGCUCGCGCUUGCAUUUGGUGCGAUGGAAGCACGAUCCACUUUCCAAGGGAAACGAGUCUCGUUCUAAAACGUAGUUCACGUUGGAGUUUUAGGGUUUGUAGCAAAAAAAAAGGUUCCUAUGCAAGAGUGCUUGAGCAGCUUUUUUUUUGCCACACAAACACACACAUGUACAGAGAUCCCUCUCCCCUUCGAGUUUCAAAUCCCAGAAAAUUUUUUUUGUUUGUGCAGUGUUGUUGCCAUGUUGCUGAAGAUGAUGCUGAGAGAGUUAAUUUAUUUUUUAUUGUAUCUCCCUGUCAGCCACUAUGGUGUAAUAAAUGCUAUUAUGAACAUGAAA